AUGCGAGAGAUUGUACACCUGCAAGGCGGCCAGUGCGGUAAUCAGAUUGGAACCAAGUUCUGGGAGCUAAUAUCACGUGAACAUGGCGUUGAGCGCACUGGGGCCGUCGCGGCCGCGUCCUCUCUGCAGUUGGAACGCAUCAACCUCUUCCGCCCCGACAACUUCGUGUUCGGGCAGUCGGGCGCCGGCAACAACUGGGCCAAGGGCCACUACACGGAGGGCGCCGAGCUGGUGGACAUGGUGCUGGACGUGGUGCGCAAGGAGGCGGAGAACUGCGACUGCCUGCAGGGCUUCCAGCUCACGCACUCGCUGGGCGGCGGCACGGGCUCCGGCAUGGGCACGCUGCUCAUCUCCAAGAUACGCGAGGAGUACCCGGACCGGAUCAUGAGCACGUACUCUGUUUUGCCGUCGCCAAAGGUGUCUGAAUCUGUAGUCGAGCCUUAUAAUACUAUAUUAUCAUUUAAUGAGCUACUGGAGGAAAGCGAUGAAACAUUUUGUGUAGACAAUGAAGCUCUCUACAACAUAUGUUUCCGGGUACAAAAGCUUUCGCAACCGAAUUACAACGAUAUGAACCAUCUCAUUUCUCUGGCAAUGUCUGGAGUCACCACUUGCUUCCGAUUUUCAGGAUCUUUGAACACGGAUUUGCGGAAGCUUGCCGUGAACCUCGUUCCUUUUCCUCGCCUUCAUUUUUUCGUCCCUGGUUUCGCUCCUUUGAUGGCAAGAAAACAGGAGGAGUACGAGGCAUUGUCCGUUUCCCAAAUCAUCCGACAAAUCUUUGAGGCCAGAAAUUUGUUGGCCGCUUGUGAUCUACAUCACGGUCGAUACCUUACUGCUGCUGUAAUAUUGAGAGGUCAAGUAUCUGCAAAGGAAGUUGACGAAGAAAUAUCAAUGGCACAGAACAAAAACAGCAGGUAUUUUGUAGAGUGGAUUCCAAAUAAUGUGCAAACUGCAAUGUGUGAUAUUCCACCCCCUGGUUUAACAAUCUCAUCGACAUUCAUCGCUAAUAAUACUGCUGUUCAAGAGUUGUUUGCAAGAAUCUCAGCGCAGUUCGCUCUCAUGAUAAAAAAGAAAGCCUUUCUUCAUUCCUAUCUGGGACAGGGGAUGGAUGAAAUGGAGUUUUACCAAGCAGAAAGCAAUGUUAUCGACCUCAUCUCAGAAUAUCAAGCUUAUCAGGAAGCCGAAAGUUACGUGGAAAAUGAUUUUGAAGAUGAAGAUGUUGCUAACAGUGAAACUGAAAUUGAAGGUGAGGCUGAAGAUAAUACUUCAAAUCGAUUAAGAUAUGAAACGUCUUAUCUUCAUGGAUUUUACUGCAUUUAUUCAGGAAACUAUGAAGAAAUCAAUGAAACCUGAAACCUUUAUUGCUUUUUACAGAGGAAAACUUUAUUUAAUCCAUAACAGAAUGUGUUUAGUAAAUUAGUAACGUCUUUCAUUUACCGAAAACUGUUAGGUAAAUUAGGACCGGAUCAUAUUUUAGAGAUUUACAGUUUACAGUUCCCGAAAUGACUUAACUUUGACAUGUUUUAAAGAGAAAAUACAAGAAUUUUUUCAAUACGCCAGAUUUAUUUAACACCCAGCUGAAAUAUCGGGCGUUACCCGUGUAUUUAUUUAGCAUAUUCAUCUUUUAGAAAGUAAAAUGAGUAAUUAAGAUUCAUUUUCUCCCCAUUCUACCUGUAGUAAAG